UUCCUUGCUCCGUUUAACAUAAUUUGGGAAAUAUUUAAAAAAAAAAAGAAAUGGUGCCGGCUAAUAAAUGUUCUGUAUCACCUGUGAGUUCAGUGUGUGUAUAAACUGUACAUAAUGUAGCUGUUCAAUUACAUUUCAAUUUAUCUUUAUGACUAUAGUUAGGUUUACAAAGUAGAUUGUGUAAAAGCAGAAUUACAUAAUGAAAGAAAAAUUGAAAAAAACCACAAUAAUUGUUGUGUAAUAAUGACUAGUAAUUAAUUGAUGUAAACUUUGACUAGUGACAGAAUGUGUGCUUUAUAAAUUGAAUUUGAAUAUAUUUCUCUUGAAAUAAGUUCAUUCUGAAAGCAUCUUACAUAACACAAUAUACCUAGAUUGGUGAAUAAUUACGUUUUAAGCAAUUAAGACUUGUAAACUGCACAUCGAUGGAUUUUCUCUUCAGUGUUUGGACCUUCGGCAGUGAAAAUUAAACCACACAAAACUGAACUUCAACUGAAAACUGGACUGAAACCAUUUCAAUGUACUAGAACAUCUAUGUUAAUCUACUUUGACACAAUCUACAUCGUAAAAGCACUAUAGAAAUAAAGAUGAAUUGAAUUAAUUUAAAAUCUGUCCCUUAGGUAGAUGUUAAAAGAUGAUUUUCAAAGUUCACCAUUUGUGGCCAUUUUGGACAUAAACUCAUCUUAUCAGUGCUACUGAUCAAACAUGUUUGUAUGACCUUGAGAACAAACUCUGCUUAGAAAUGGGUAAAUAAGUUCUGCUUGAGGCCACUGUCUGCCCAGCUGUAUCUCUUUGUCUUCAGGGCCCGGGAUGCCCAAGGAACCAAGAGGUGAUGCUCAAGGGUGUGUAGGGGAGAGGGAACGCACCUCCCGUCCAGCCAGUAAAAACGCUAAGGACAAAAGCAACAGUGCCGCCCUUUUGGCUUCAAGAGCCAGAGCACACACUGAACAGGAAUCAACUGGACGUGGCUCCCGCUGCUCUGAGAAAGACUCUGGUUACUCGGACACUGGCUCAGAUUCCUUGCAGACAGAUGCAGAUGACCGGCAGAGCAGUGCGAGCGAGCCUCAAAAUCACAAGGGAUCUCUGCAUGGAAGCCACAUAUUGGUAUCUGGGACCCCUGAACUCACCCCUAUAUUCAUUAUUAAGGAUGUUGUGCUGAAGCAGCCUGGGCAGUCUGGUCAGGACCACAUCCUUCCUUCAUCUCUGUCGUGGGGUGGAGGUACUGCAGGCGGUCAAGCUCCCACCCAUGUCCUUUUGCUGCAACAGCCUGGCAUCAAUCAGAGCACCCCGUUGCACAUCCUCAAAUCCCACCCACAGAGAUCUGAAAGCAAGAAUGCAAAGAAGAGCAAAAACACUUACCUCCCUAUCCUAAACUCCUACCCUCGAAUUGCGCCUCACCCUAGUAAGAAAGCCACAGAAAAACCUACAACAAAUCGGGGAAGUAACACAGAGGAGCACAGCCUGAGUAAGCGAGUAUGCACAGAGGAGAAAAGAGAGAAGGUUUCCACAACCACGCAAGCGUCCAAGCAACACCCGCACAAACAACCAGAGAACAACUUGCUUUCGAACUCUCAUUCCCUCUCACGGUCACUUUCUGCAGGCCAUGAGACUUCUACUGAUACUCACAAGAACCGGAGUCCAUGCCGGCCAUCUAGUCCCUCUGCCUCCCUCAGCGUGAGCUCACCGUCGGUUUCAAGCACUCAGAUUCCUUCCCCACCUUCUUCCGUUGAUCUAAUCCAAACCAGAAAAGAGCCCCAUAAGCAUUGCCCAGGACAGAAAAGUGACUCUGGCAAAGGGUCACACACCUUUAAAGGGACAGCACGGCACCGCCGCUUCCUCAAUACAGUGGAGAUUUUGAGCCAAUCGGGACUGCUGGACAUCACCUUAAGGACGCAGGACCUGCUACGGCAAAAUGCUGCCACAGACCGAGACAUCGCCCAGCUCCGCCAACAUGCACAACUGCUUUUCCAGGCUGCUCAAGCAGGCGUUGAUGCACCGGCUGCCUGGGAGAAGCUUCAGCAGGUCAUGUCUGAGUCUGGGCAUUAUCCCAGCCUCAAGUGCCUACCCACAGACAGCAGCGAUGGAGGGGACCGGUCUCACUCAAAGGUGGAAGUUGAGGCAGCCACAAGUACAAAACCUGAUAGUCCAUUGGUGUACGGAUACAGACUUAACAGGACUGAAGAGGUUGCGCCCCCAUCUCCUCUGCUAGCUCCCAUGACAGAUGCAGAAUGUCAGUCAACAGGUCAAUAUGAUCAUCUCAAUGAUAGCACCAACAAUUCUGAGCAAAUCAGAGCCCAUAGAGGAAUUUAUAGUCUACCGGAUGAUCCCAUUAUGCCUCCAGACAGCUCCACACAUGGGAACCUGCUUUAGAGCCCUUCCGGAAACCAGCAAGGGGACUUUACAAUACUUUCCCGAACAUCUCAAACAUGCAGUCAGAUGUUACGCCAUUGUCCUGGGUGUCUAAAUGGCAACCCAGUGCUAUGCUCAAGGACAGCAGCUCAGCUGUGCUGUGUGCCAUCUUCAUGGGUCAUGUUUCUACUCUUAAUCUUAUUCAGCAAUCACCCAAAAUGUCUGAUGAGACACAUGCAGAAUUUAACGCACAUCCCAUGUACUGCCAUUUGUUAGUUUUCUCUCGGACAUGGUAAUCUGCGUCAGCUGUCUUACCCCCUAACGGAAUCGUUAAGUUUGCAACACUUUGCAUAGUUGUGUUUCAAGACAAAUUGACGAGUUUGAAAUUGCUUCCACAGUGAGUAGCAUGUAGUUUCCUUUUUGAGGAAUGAGUUCACCUUGGGAAUUAUAUUUAGCAAAAAAUGCAUUAUUUGUGAUGAGAUCCCCUCCCUGUCCGGGCCUUGUCAAGUACAGAGCAUAAGCAUGAUGCAUGACGAUAUGAAAGUCCAACACAAUCUCACGGCAAUUCGUAACUUUUUCAUUUAGUGGCUAAUUUGUAUGAUUUCGUACGAUCUAAUUCGUACAAUUUAGUACGAUCUGCUUAUCCCCCAAUGACGGUUGGGGUAAGGGGUGGGGUCAGGUGCCACGCCUCCUUUUAAAAAUCGUACCAUUUCGUACGACUGAACUCGUACAAAAUCGUACGAAUUAGCCACUAAACUGGCAAAACGUAAAAUACUUACGUUUUCUCGUGAGAUCAGGCUGGAAAGUCAAAGCUUUGAGAGAACUGUUGUCGCUCUUAUUUAGGUCCAUGAAGCUUAUGCUCUUCUAUGCAGUACUCGCUUCAUUAAUCUCAUUACAUUAAUCGGCUUGCUUUAAGUCUUCAUUUUUGACCAUGGACCAAGACACCCUUUACUCAAGCCUUUGGAUUGGUCAAACUUUAAUAUUUUUGCGAGCUGUGUUUUUUUUUUUCCUUUUUAAUCACAGAUCAUGACGACUUGUAAGUUUUCUUGUGUUAAUGGUGUUUUGUGUCAGCCUUAAUGUUUUCUACAACAUCUAUACUUUGCCCCAAUUUUAUGUACUAUUCCAAGCUGUUCGGCACAUUUUGAUACCCUCCACAUGACACUAAUUUAACUAUUUUUUGAUGUUGUGAUGCUAUUUUUCCUUUCAUUUGCUUGCUGAGAAUUUUUAAGAAGUCACUUAUUUAAUGCACACAUGCUAAAUAUUUUAGGUAUUGUGAUUAUGCAUACAGAGUUUAGUACUUUCUGCUUUAACACAUUUUGUGUUUCAAAUUUUCCUCUUAAAUCAGUACACAAAAUUAAACAACACCACUUUAGAUUUUGACCUGAUUCUUUUCUAACUUUGAGUUCUUCAUGACUGUUUUUUUGUUUCUUCAACUUUGUCUCUUUAGUUUUCUUUCUCUAGAUAUUGAUGGUGCAUUUGUACUCAACAGUGAUCGUGAGUCCAAAUAAAUGGCAGUCUAGUAGAGAUGUUCUGGGUUUGAUGGCUAAGUGAAACAGAUCGUGAGUUUGUGUGUGAAAUGAAUGAAAUGAAUGGCAGGCUUUGACGUGACUGAUAUUUGUGCUUCCUCAUGUAGCAGCAUGAGUAUGAUGCAAUUUUAAUGCAUCUAAAGAAUGUAUAAGUGUGUGUUCUGACAUGAGAUCUGUAACAUAAGAUUAAAGUAUGUAUGUGUGUAUGAUUCUCGGCUUUUCUUUGCAGUUUCCUGACUCAAGGCAGGAUCACUUUAAUAGAUACAGUACACUAUUAAAAACAUGCAGAUUAAAAUAAAGAUUUGAUAAAAGACA